ACACGAACACCUCAAGCUUAGUGCGUCACUUGACUCGAUUUAUCUUACGGCGGAAGUCAGAUUGUCGAUUGUUUAGUUAAUUAUAUUGAAGCAGCAACCGUGCUCCGAAGCGGACCGUUUUUCCAUAUUUCUCAGCAAGAACCUACCAAAACUGCACAGCGACUUUGGGUGCUCAUCAAAAGGGCGAAACAUCUGUCUUGGAUUUUUUGUGGAUUUUCUUUUAAUUUUCACGCUAAAGGCGGCCGUCCAGCAGGGCGAUACCAUUUUAUAUGACUUUUCAUCGACGUCAAGAAACAUCCAGGAUAUCAUCCAGAGGGAAAGGAUCGGUGUACGGUAAAGGCGGCAGAGGCGGGACAUUGUCCAAUCGUCCCUCGAUCAGCAGAACCAUCUCUUCCAUACAGAUAAAUUUUUCCUCACCGACAAUCGGUGGAACAAUAAUUCCGGCGUGGUGUUCAAGCUUUAUUGAGGGCAAGAGCGGCAGACAGGCAGCGUGUAUGAUCAUUGAAGACCACCCCCCUGUGCCCACCAGACCGAGGCAAAACCCGCACCAAGAUACCACCCAACGAUUUCUAAACCAUCUGGUCCUGCCCAAACACAGGACCUCAAAAUUUUCCAGUAAUAGACAUCGGAAGCUUCAACCAUUCAGGGAAACGUGACUGUCGUCACUAGGUAGCGCGGGAUACCGAACCGCAACAACCACAAACAGCCCUGACUUGACACGUUAUUUGCUACCAGCAGGUAGCCACUGCCAGGAAAGGUCGCCGCUCAGCAAUCAAACUGUUGCUCAAAACCGUCAAGAUAAAGUACAGAAGUUUGAGGACGUUGCCAACCUGAGCUCCUAAAACACCCGAGAGAAUAGAGCAAAGACAAACUGAACGUUGUUUCUCAACGUUGCUAUUCACAGAUUGCUUCUUCGUUUCGCAAAAACGUCUCGUCAAAAGUUUUUACUGUUUGUACGAACUCAUAAGUUUGCGAGAAGUAGAAGGCGAAAAUACCAGUCACCAUGGGGAGCUUGAAUGUAAACCGUGCGGUCAAAGACCCAUUCUAUCGUUAUAAAAUGCCUCGGAUCCAAGCCAAGGUAGAAGGCAAAGGUAA